CUCGUGUGUAUAUCGUGAACAAGCGGUCCAUCCCAUCCUUCCUGUUCGAAUCCAUCCUUCCUGUUCGAUCCCAUCUUCCUGUUCGAACCCGUCAUUCCCGUUCGAAUCCAUCAUCAUGUCACGUGCACAGCCACAUUCGUCCAUGCAUACGAGUGACAGCAUCUUGGGGCCCAUGCCGUCACGUGGCCCACCUGACUUCAAUGCUGCUGCUCCAUCCCGCCCCUCAUCAUUACAUGAAUCAACUGCUGCUGUUCAUGCUGCUGCUGCUCCAUCACAUGCAUCACAUGACCCAUCUGCUGCUGCUGCUUCAUCCCAUCCACUACAGGCACCACCGCCACAAACACCACAUACACCUGCACACAUCGCAUCACGUGCUGCAUCAUCGGGCCAUUCGAGGAGGAAUGUCGUCACACCUGUGGAGGGAGAUGGGCAGCCGUCCAGCCGUCUCGCUGCAGCGAAUGCAAAAGCGUCGAUCACGGCAUGGCGGGCGUCGGAGAGGUUACAGGGGUUCUUUGAAGGCCCCAGCGCGCCCAGUGGGCCUGCUGCUGGUCAGCUGGAUCACACCCUCCCUCCGCGUGAGGUCGCGGCCGAGCCCCACCGGCUGAAUACUAUGCAGCUGCGCAAUGGGAGCCGUAUCCCCACAUCUCCAAGCACGAAUGCCCAAGCCGUUGUCUGUGCUCACCCAUUCGCUGGCGAGGCUCGGGGGGGCCCUACCGUUUCCACCGAGAGAGCUGCUGCGGGGCUGUCGGACGGGCUGGACAGGUCGACUUCGAGAGGCACAGACAGGCGGAGACGGAGCGAUGAUAACGAGGGAGACGUGUUUGAUGACGAGGGUGACCAGGACGGCCAGGACUCCCCUUCACCAUCGCCGCCCACCACAAGUGGGCAGUCGGGUAGGGAGGCCCCAGGACGGGCGUCCGCUGCUGCACAGCCGGUUGCCGUGGCUGAUGGUGGUGGUGCUGAGGGUGACGAUUCACCUCGGACGGUCAGGCAGCUCGACACCUCGCCUGACACUCAACCACAAGCAGAGGCACAAGGACGACCGUCGCAUGGACCUGCCCACCGGCGAGAGGGUGACACGUCGGAUGAAUCGAUGACUGUUAGUAGAAGAGAGUUUGAGGCGAUGCAGGCGGAGCUGGCCAGGUUGAGGCAAGGGGCAUCCUGCCGUAGCACUCCUGCGUCGGUAUAUCAGCGCACUCCUGGGGAGCUCCGUCUUCGGCCACGAGUGUCUGUGGUGGUCAAGUAUGGCGACAUUCGCAAGUGGGACUGGGCUCAAGUGCUGCCUGUCUUGUACCCACCCACCACGGAUGCGGAUCUCUUGUUGGCGACCUUGCAGGAGCAGAUGGAGGUGUUGGAAGGCCUCACUCAUGCGGAGAGGCGGAGAGUCUUCUGGGAUUGGGUACAGAGAGCCGAGGAAGAAGGCAUCGUCCGCUACGAUGACGGCGCCGGAACGCUCACUCGUGUCAUAGCGGACCGGCCAGGCUGCAGAGUCAGUCCCAUCCAUCUCCCGGAGGUCUCGGAGAUCCCCACCCGCCCACCCGGUCGCACGGCAUCGAUUCCCCCGGGCGCGUCUGCUGUGUGUGCGGGGGGUGCGGUCGCACGCGGAAGAGCUGCUGCACGCGAGAGGGGCACUGGAGGGGCUGGACGAGAGGCGGAAGCAC